AACAAUUCUUCUCGAUUCGAUAAGACUGCAGAACUUUGUGUCAUUGCAGUCUCGCAUUUUCGUUCGAGUUUCUUCGACAGUAACUUGUUCUGUUCAAAGCGGACCGAAAGUGAUUUUGUUACCAUGGCUUUUUUCCAGAAGGCAAAGAGGGACAGCCUCCCAUCCAGUGACAGUACAUCAUGUCCAGUUUGUAAUGAAGAAUAUAUGGAAGAGCCAAAACAGCUUCCGUGCUUGCAUACAAUCUGCCAGAGUUGUCUGUCUGAUAUUGCACCUAAGAAUGCUCUCAAGAUAUUUUGUCCGAUCGACAAGCAAGAAUUACCUCUGCCUAUGGGUGGGAUAGCUAUGCUUCCAACCGACUACCGUAUUCUGCGUUUAGUGGAAGCGAAAAGCGGCCAAAUAAAGAAAGAACGCACAGAACGAAAGCCAAGAGAACGCAAAGCGACGUCCGAGCGAUCAGAGCGGAGGAAAUCGAAGAAUACAGACGAGGAUUCGCCUCCUCCCCUUGAGGAACAAGAACAGCGAAUGAAAAAGCAAGCACAGGAGAUGACAGAAAAGCUGAGAAAACUACUGGAGGAGAAGGAAAAGGAGCUGUUUAAAAAGAUCGAUGAAGCGAUUGAAAGAGAGAAACGAAGUUUAAUGAAUGGGGGAGCAGAGAACGGUGACAAGAAACCUCCAGCGAUAUUUUUACUAGAUCUUACUCCGAGUCGCAAGAUCAUACAGAGCAUCAAAGAGGAGGGACUGGCAACUAUUCAAGGAAAUCGCAAGGCCCCCACCCUACUGAGUGAUCUAAAUACCUCGGGUAUUACCCCCAUUGCGUCAAUUAAAAACACUGCCCCCAACGUGUCUUACAGGGACGCAGCGGAAGUCAUUCGCUCGCUUAAGGUACCACUACAGUUCAAGAGUUUCUUUAACCCAGGCGCUGUUGCAUCGAAUGCUGAUGGUCAUUUGGCAGUCACGGAUUAUGGCAAUGAAUGCGUUUGGCUGUUUAAUCCUGAUGGCUCUUUUAAUUGUCAGGUUAGUUAUGUCCACCGUACCUCGUCUGGAAUUAUGCGUCAUUUUUCAACCUUGUUGCCAUGUGUCUCAAAUUGGUGCAAGUCGGUCAUUGUCAUCGUACAUGUCAUCUUUAAUAUCAUCCUCAUAAUCAUCACACUCAUUGCAUGUUCUUGUCGUCAUCAUUAUCGUCAGAAGCCUAUUGGAUGGACUCCCAUCGUCGUCACCAUCCUACUCAUCAUCAUCAUCGUUAUCAUCAACGUCAUUACCACCAUCACCACUUUUAUUCGUCUAAUAAUAAUAAUAAUAAUAAUAAUAAUAAUAAUAAUAACGCAGCACUCUGGAUGAUGACCAUAUCCCAUAAUAUUUAUUAAUUUUUUACUUCCUUAAGGUUGGCCAAGACGGAGAUGUUACAAUGGAAUGCCCCGAUGGGAUAUUUUUCCUCCCCAACAAUAACAUUGUGGUAUCGGAUGGGCCACUAGAUGGCCCGCAAAGCAUACAAUUGUUCGAUAUCUCUGGUAAAUUCAUCCGCUGCCUGGCCGAAGUUGAUGAUGAUGAUGAUCUCAGUUUUAGCAGCAUAUUUGUAGACGCUGACGAACGGAUCCUUGUUGCAUGUAAUGGCUUGCGUCCUUGCAUUCAAGUUUACAGUAAAGAUGGCAAAGAGUACAGCCUUGAGAUGGAAUUGGGCGAAGAUCAACUUGUAAGCCCUGAGAAAGCUAUCUUCUACAAUGGAAAGUUUUUCGUCUCUGAUUCCGAUAGCAAGAAAAACAUCACCAUGAUUAAAGUAUUUGAUGCUGAAGGCGCGUUUGAAACUUCCUUCGACGAGGACAAAUACUCCCUAGGGCAGAGAGACAACAUGGGUAUUGACAUCGUGUAUCCAAUCAAAAUUACUUUUGACCUAUCUAACAACACUUUGUUAGCUUACCACGGGAUCCCGCGCGAGAUACGUGUACUCCGCCCAGACGGAAGUCAAGUGUCUUCAAUGAAAACGGUAUCAGGAGCGAGGGACAUUGCACUUACUAAAGACAGACAAAUUGUAGCCACGUGUGGAGAGGAGAGUAUCUUGUCCAGAAGCGUGCAGAUACUAAAGUUUAACGGCCAAUAA